AUGGCCUCCCCUAGUAAGAGAAGGAGGAAGACAAAUAGAGAUCCUGCUUCAAGCUCAUCAGAAGACGCUGAUCCAGUAUGUGUAUUCUGCGGGCGUGCAGAAAAUGAUGUAGCUAAGUAUGGAGAGCUGCUGUGUAAUUCCAAGGAGAAGCUGACCGUCCAUCAUUACUGCCUGCUACUAUCCAGCGGGUUGCUGCAACGGGGCAGUGAUUCCCAAGGCUUCUAUGGCUUCCUCUUCCCAGACGUGCGGAAGGCAGCAAGCUGGGCCGCAGAGAUGCGCUGCACAGUGUGUAAUAAAGCUGGCGCCUCCAUACAGUGCAGUAGGAAGGGCUGUACCCAGAUUGUGCACUUCCCUUGUGGCCUGCAAAAGGAGUUUAUAUUCCAAUACUCCAAGCAGUUUCCAUCAUUUUGCCCAAGGCAUCGACCUGUUCAGAAGGCUAAGGCAAAGGAAGCAGUAAGUGCAUGUACCAUCUGCCUGGAGGAGCUGACCCCGGCCCCUGCAUAUGAUGUGAUCAAGAGCCCUUGCUGCAAAAACACCUGGUUCCACAGGGCUUGCCUGCAGAUGCAGGCAUUAAGUGCAGGAAAGUAUUUUCUGAAGUGCCCCAUAUGCCGGGAUAUGCCAAGCUUCCAGAAGGAGAUGCUGCGGAUGGGCAUUUACAUUCCACACAGGGAUGCAUCAUGGGAACUUGAGGAGAACGCCUUCGGAGAACUACUGCAAGUCCACGAGCAGUGUGACGUGGAACCCUGCCUCUGUGACUUUGGAAGAACUCACAGUGAGAGUGGAAGUGGGUGGAGUAUAAUCCGGUGCCACUGCUGUGGAUCAUCAGGAUCCCACCUAGCAUGCUCAGCCCUGACAUUGGCACAGUGCACAUGGACAUGUGCAGAGUGUGUAUCCAUCCUGGAGAAACCUAAGGAGGAAGAGUCACUGACAGAGACCGCUGAUGCAGUACCAUCUACUAGCAGUGCACCUCCACCUCCUGCAGUAGCACCAGCAGGAGAGACCUGUGCCCGUGUGAGGGGAUAUAAAGUGAUCACAUCCAAGAGGACCAGGAGAUCACCACUGCAGCAUGCCAGACCACAGCUGCAGUAG